UUCAAAAGAGCUUUUCCCCCCCACAGAUUCUUAGAAGAAAACAGACAGACUUUGAUCGCGUCUAUAAUGGAGAUCAUGAAUGCUGAGAACUUUGAUGGUGUAAACGUCUUGUGGGUGUACGGCCAACUCAGUCAACCAGGCGACGAGCAAAGAUUCACACUUCUCAUGAAGGAAUUGAGGGACCAGCUGGCGCCGCAAGGAAAACUGCUCACUGCAAGCGUCUCUGGUGUGAUUGCCGACAUUGGAAAUAGUUAUGAAAUCUUUGAGCUUUCCAGAAUCGUCGACUUCUUUAAUGUGAUGACCUUUGAAGUUGACCUAGGAAUUCCACCAGAAUUUCCCAAUGCGGAAGCUGCAAUGCAGCACUUUGUUACUGCGGGAGCACUAGCAAUACAGCUCAACAUGGGAAUAGCGACGUAUGGCAUUGGGCAGGAUCCUGAUGUAUGGGCCAAAUAUGAGGUGUGCCAGGACAACCCAAUAGGCGUUUCGAUUGACAGUGACGCGACCAUUAUUGCCAAGGUUGACUACAUCAAAACUAAAGGCUUUGGAGGAGUCUAUGUCAAGUCUCUGGACCUGGACGACUUCAACGGCAACUACUGCAAGCAAGGGGACUAUCCUGUCAUCCAGCUAAUCAAAGCAUGCUGUGUAGAAGAAAGCUUCCCUUAGUAGGAUGGAGUGCACCGUGGUGAGGGGACCCUAACCCUCCCCUCAUGGUGACGGGACCCACCCCCUCACGGCGAAGGGACAAUCCCCCCCCCCCCCCGUCAUAUUACGUAGCUUUCGACACAGGUGAAUAGUUUGAUUUCACCCUAAAAACAAGGGUCUUGCUAUCUAUCCCUCCCUGUCCCUGUCCCUGUCCCUGUCCCGUUUGGUGGUCAUGACCUCAUCAGCUUUUUGUGUGGACGGAAAUUCAAUAAAAUGUCAGUUGACAACAAC